AUGGCUGGCGUCAGAAAAUGUUCCGUUGGGGUGCGAGAGCUUCCUUGGGUCCCUGUGACUGCUCAAGAUGGAAGAACUUAUGAAAAAGAGGCCAUUGAGACUCAUUUCAAAACACUGCAGGGAAAAGGACUACCAAUCAAGUCACCCAUCACCAAUGAACCCAUGGGGGGUAACCUCCUGCCCGUCCCACACAUCAAGAGUCUGAUAGAGACAUUGAUUGACAAUAAAGCCAUUCAAGGUGAUACAUUGGAAGCUUGGAAUGAAAAAGUGCAGGAGCAAAAGACAAAAAAAGACCUGUUGCAGAAGGCCAAUGAGGGAAGCCGUAGGGCUAUGUUCAAAGUGGCACAGCACUACGCUGCAGGAUCUAAUGGUUUUGGAGAAGAUGCAAAACUAGCCUUCAAAUGGUACAAAAAGGCACAUGCUGCUGGCAAUGUGAAAGCCACAUCAUUUCUUGGGGAUGCCCUUGUAAAUGGAAAAGGUGUUCGGAAGUCUCGUCGACUUGGCAGUUUGUACAUUACUCAAGCUGCAACUGCAGGUUCUGACUUUGCUGCAUAUUCUCUGGGAAAAGCAUUUGCUACAGGAUCAUGGAGCUUGCCUGAGAAUGAAGAUGAAGCCAUCUUUUGGCUCCGAAAGUGCUUGGGAGAUUGUGCUCACUUUCACAUGACCAAAGAUAUGAAAAAGAAAGCCCAAGGACUUCUGGAGGAACUGAGGAGGACUACGAUUCGUCCUCGGACUCUGAUUCAUCACAAUCUGACUAUUCUGAUUCUUCAGAGUAUUACUAAGAUUUCGGCAUUGUGUGUGCUUGCUUUCCACCUACGGUGUUUUCAUGAAGGCGUUUUCUAG